AUGUAUUUGUCAUUUCAGGCAUCAUUGACAUUUAAGGAUGUAGCUGUGCUCUUCACCCAGGAAGAGUGGGGGCAAUUGGACCGUGGCCAGAAACACCUGUACAGGGAAGUGAUGCUGGAAAAUUAUAGGAACCUGGUCUUAUUGGGGCAUAAAGGAUCCAAGCCAGAUGUGAUCUCCAAGUUGGAAUAUGGAAAAGAUCCUUGGAAGGUAGAGAAAGAAAUCCCAAGAUGUACUUGCUCAGAAUGGGAUAACAGGCAUGAAGUCAAGGAGCCAUUUUCAAAGCAGGGCGUUUCUGAAGAGGAAUCCUCCAAAGGGUCCACAGUGGAAAGAUUUACAAAGGGUGGCAUCUUGUACCCUAAGCUAGGAGAAGUCUGGAAACUCGACGACCAAUUUGGGAUGCAGAGACACCUGCAACAAAUGACUGUUUCCCAAAAGACAAUGUUUCAUGGAAAGACAGGUCCUGAGUGUGAUGAAUUUAAUCUGAGCUCAAACCUUGUUAUGACAUGGGGUGGUUUUACAAGAGAGAGUUGGCAUAAAUGUGAUAUAUGUGGGAAAAUCUCAAUAUAUAAAACACACCUAAUUGGACACCAGAAACUAUGUGUAAGAAAGAAACCCUAUGAUGAUGAAUGUGCAAAAAUUUUUAAUAAGGGUGCACUCUGUAGGCAGCAUCAAAGGGUCCCUGUUGGUGAGAAGUCCCUUAAAUAUAAUGAAAAUGGGGAAGCUUUUCAACUGCAUGGAAACUUUACUCAACAUAAAAAAAUCCAUACUGGCAAGAAACUCUCUGAAUGUGUUGAAUGUGGGAAGCAACAUCAAAAAAUCCAUAGUGGAAAGAAACCUUACAAAUGUAAUGAAUGUGGAAAAGCCUUCAGACUGUGUGGACAUCUCACUCAACAUAAAAGAAUUCAUACUGGACAGAAACCCUAUAAAUGUUAUGAAUGUGGUAAAGCUUUCCGUCAGAGUACAGACUGUACACAACAUCAGAGAAUUCAUACAGAAGAGAAGCCCUUUAAGUGUACUGAUUGUAGAAAAGGUUUCAGCAAAGGUGCACUACUUAUACAGCAUCAGAGAGUUCAUACAGGAGAGAAACCUUAUAAAUCUAAUGAAUGUGAGAAAGCCUUCAGCCUGCAUAUGUAA